CUCGAACUUGCGGCUAGAUAAGAAAUGUAGUGCGGGCUGUAUAUAAGGUUGGACGGGCGGCAUGUAAGGCAGCACUUGCUAGCACCGCCCAUCAUGUUGAAGAUCGUGAUCCUCUUGUCCGCCGUGGUCUGCGCCCUGGGAGGCACCGUCCCUGAGGGACUCCUGCCCCAGUUGGACGGCCGCAUUGUCGGCGGCUCUGCUACCACCAUCAGCAGCUUCCCCUGGCAGAUCUCCCUGCAGCGUAAUGGAGGCCACUCCUGCGGUGGAUCCAUCUACUCUGCCAACAUCAUUGUGACCGCCGCUCACUGCCUGCAGUCCGUGUCCGCUUCCGUCCUGCAGGUCCGUGCUGGAUCCACCUACUGGAGCUCUGGCGGCGUCGUCUCCAAGGUCGCUGCCUUCCGCAACCACGAGGGAUACAACGCUAACACCAUGGUCAACGACAUCGCUGUCAUCCGUCUGAGCUCUUCCCUGAGCUUCAGCUCGAACAUCAAGGCUAUUAGCCUGGCCACCUACAACCCAGCUAACGGAGCCUCUGCCGCCGUUUCCGGUUGGGGUACCCAGUCGUCCGGAUCCAGCUCCAUUCCCUCCCAGCUGCAGUACGUGAACGUGAACAUCGUUAGCCAAAGCAAGUGUGCUUCCUCCACCUACGGAUACGGUAGCCAGAUCCGCAGCACCAUGAUCUGCGCUGCUGCCAGCGGCAAGGAUGCCUGCCAGGGUGACUCCGGUGGCCCACUGGUCUCCGGCGGAGUUCUCGUCGGUGUUGUCUCCUGGGGAUACGGAUGCGCUUACGCCAACUACCCCGGUGUCUACGCCGAUGUUUCUGUCCUCCGCACCUGGGUGGUGAGCACUGCUAACAGCAUCUAAGCGAAUACCCUGUAGGUUGGAUGUGUCGAAAUCCUUCAAUAAAUAUUUCCCAUUCAGAACAUA